AUGUGUCUGUUUCAGGCCAUCAUGCACCACGAGGGUCACAUGGACGAUGGGUUGACCCUGUCCCGCUCACAACACGAGGAGUCCCGUACCGCACGGGUCAUACGCAGUACCGUCUUCCUGUUCAACCGAUUCAUCAGGGGUCUGGACACCCUCAGUAAAAAAGGAAAGACCUCGACACUCGACCUGCCGAUCGAGUCGGUCAGUUUGAGUCUGCAGGAUCUGAUUGGCUACUUCCAGCCCCCUGACGAGCACCUGGAGCACGAGGACAAACAGAACCGCCUCCGAGCCCUAAAGAACCGACAGAACCUCUUCCAGGAAGAGGGUAUGAUAAACCUGGUGUUGGAGUGUAUCGAUCGUCUCCACGUGUACAGCAGCGCGGCUCAUUUUGCUGAGGUGGCGGGGAGGGAGGCCGGAGAGGCCUGGAGAUCCACGCUGAACUCAUUAUAUGAGCUCCUGGCUGCAUUGAUAAGGGGCAACAGGAAGAAUUGUGCCCAGUUCUCCGGCUCGUUGGAUUGGUUGAUCAGCCGGUUGGAGAGACUGGAGGCCUCGUCUGGUAUCUUGGAGGUCCUUCACUGUGUCCUGGUGGAGAGUCCUGAAGCUCUGAACAUCAUCAAGGAGGGACACAUCAAGUCAAUCAUCUCUCUGCUAGACAAACAUGGACGCAACCACAAGGUUCUGGACGUGCUCUGUUCUCUGUGUGUCUGUCAUGGCGUGGCCGUACGUUCCAACCAACACCUGAUCUGUGACAACCUGCUACCUGGCAGAGACCUGCUUCUACAGACACGACUUGUCAACCAUGUCAGCAGCAUGAGGCCUAACAUCUUCCUGGGUGUGAGUGAAGGCUCCGCCCAGUACAGGAAAUGGUAUUAUGAGCUGAUGGUGGACCAGGUGUUACCCUUCGUUACGGCCGAAGCCACACAUCUCAGAGUGGGCUGGGCCACCACGGACGGCUACCAACCCUACCCCGGGGGAGGAGAGGGCUGGGGGGGAAAUGGGCUCGGUGACGACCUGUACUCCUACGGCUUCGAUGGCUUGCACCUGUGGUCAGGCUGCAUCGCCAGGACAGUGAGCUCACCCAAUCAACAUCUCCUCCGUGUGGAUGACGUGGUCAGCUGUUGUCUGGACCUCAGCGCUCCCAGUAUAUCCUUCCGUAUCAACGGUCAGCCCGUCCAGGGGAUGUUUGAGAACUUCAACUCUGACGGACUGUUCUUCCCUGUAGCCAGCUUCUCCGCUGGGGUCAAAGUGCGUUUCCUGCUGGGUGGUCGCCAAGGAGAGUUUAAGUUCCUGCCCCCGCCGGGCUACGCUCCGUGUUUCGAGGCUGUGCUACCCAGGGAGAAGCUGAGAGUGGAACACAGCCAGGAGUACAAGGAGGACCACAGUGAGACCAGGGAUCUACUGGGUCCCACCAUCACCCUGUCCCAGGCUGCCUUCACCCCUACACCUGUUGACACCAGCCAGGUUGUUCUGCCUCCUCACCUGGAGAGGAUCAGGGAGAAGUUGGCAGAGAACAUCCAUGAGCUGUGGGUGAUGAACAAGAUUGACCUGGGCUGGACGUACGGAGCUGUACGGGACGAUAACAAGCGGCAGCAUCCUUGUCUGGUGGAGUUCUCCAAGCUGCCUGAGCAGGAGAGGAGCUACAACCUACAGAUGUCUCUGGAGACUCUCAAGACUCUCUUGGCCCUGGGUUGCCACGUGGGGCUGGCUGAUGAGCACGCGGUGGAGAAGGUGAAGAACCUCAAGCUCUCUGCCACUUAUGAGCUGUCUAGUGGCUACAAGCCUGCUCCUAUGGACCUGGGGCACAUCAAGCUGGCCUCUACCCAGGAGGCCAUGGUGGACAAGCUGGCGGAGAACGCUCACAAUGUGUGGGCCAGGGAUCGCAUACGCCAGGGCUGGACCUACGGCAUCCAGCAGGAUGUGAAGAAUCGUAGGAACCCUCGCUUGGUUCCGUACACUCUGCUGGACGAGAGGACCAAGAAGUCCAACAAGGACAGUCUGAGGGAGGCUGUCCGCACCCUGCUGGGGUACGGAUACAACCUGGAGGCUCCGGAUCAGGACCAUGCCAGGGCAGACAUCAGUAACAUGUCUGCUGAGCGGUUCCGUAUCUUCCGAGCUGAGAAGACGUACUGUGUGAACGCUGGGAAGUGGUACUUUGAGUUUGAGGUGCUGACGUCAGGGGAGAUGAGGGUCGGCUGGGCACGGCCUGGCUGUCUACCGGACCAGGAGCUGGGCUCUGACCAACAUGCCUUCGUCUUCGACGGGUUCAAGGCCCAGCUGUGGCACCAGGGUAACGAGCACUUCGGCAGGUCCUGGGGUCCAGGUGACGUGGUGGGCUGUAUGGUGGAUCUGAACGAACACACAAUGAUGUUUACCCACAAUGGUGAGGUGCUCCUGGACCACUCAGGGUCGGAACUGGCCUUCAAGGACUUUGAGGUUUGGGAAGGUUUCAUCCCGGUGUGCAGCCUGGGUGUUUGCCAGGUUGGGAGGAUGAACUUUGGUAAGGACGUGAGCACGCUGAAGUACUUCACCAUCUGUGGUCUGCAGGAAGGCUACGAGCCCUUCGCCGUCAACAUGAACAGAGACCUCACCAUGUGGCUCAGCAAGAGACUGUCUCAGUUCAUCCCUGUACCUCCGCAGCAUGAACACAUUGAGGUCACGAGGAUGGACGGCACCGCGGAUACUUUCCCGUGUCUCAAGGUCACCCAGAGGUCGUUCGGCUCCCAGAACAGUAACCCAGACAUCACCUUCUAUCGCCUCAGCAUGCCUAUAGAGUGUAACGAGGUGCUGGCCAAGUCACCUGGCGGGACGCUACAGUCUGGCGGGGGCUUCUCCUUCUCCUCUAAGAAAGACCUGGACGACUUUGAGACCGUGUCUGACUUCGAGGUGUUGACGAAGUCUGCCCACUGCACCCUGGGCUCCAGCCUGGACAAGGAGAAGGACCAGUUCAACAACCACAAAGACUACAACCAGGAGAAACCCUCCACGUUAAAGCAGAGAUUCAUGUUGAAGAGGACCAAGCCAGAGUUUACCAGCAGUAACUCUUCGGCCCGUCUAUCAGAGGAGGUGUUAGCUGAUAGAGAUGACCUUGACUUCUUCAUGCAGACCUCCACUUACUACUACUCAGUGAGGAUCUUCCCUGGUCAGGAGCCCAGCAGUGUGUGGGUUGGCUGGGUGACCUCUGACUUCCACCAGUACGACAUGGCCUUCGACCUCCAAAAGGUCCGCACCGUCACCGUAACCCUGGGAGACGAGAAGGGGAAAGUUCACGAGAGCAUCAAGCGUAGUAACUGCUACAUGGUGUGGGCUGGAGAGAGUACGAGUCCUGGUCAGGGUCGGAACAACAACGGUCUGGAGAUUGGAUGUCUGGUGGACACAGUUAACGGACUGCUAACCUUCACUGCCAACGGGAAGGAGCUCAGCACAUACUACCAGGUGGAGCCCAGUACCAAGCUGUUCCCUGCUGUGUUCGCUCAGGCCACCAGCCCCAGCAUCUUUCAGUUUGAACUAGGACAUAUUAAGAACGUCAUGCCCCUGUCAGCGGGACUGUUUAAGAGUGAGAGGAGGAACUCCUGUCCCCAGUGUCCUCCCAGGCUGCAUGUCCAGUUCCUGACCCCGGUGCUGUGGAGCAGGGUACCCAACCACUUCCUCAAGGUGGACGUAUCCCGGGUCAACGACCGCCAUGGAUGGCUGGUCACCUGCUCUGAACCGCUCCAGUUCAUGUCCCUGCAUAUACCUGAGGAGAACAGGUCAGUUGAUAUCCUGGAGUUGACUGAGCAGAAGGAUCUGUUGAAGUUCCACUACCAUACUCUGAGGUUGUACUCUGCUGUGUGCGCUCUGGGGAACAACCGUGUGGCCCACGCCCUCUGCUCCCAUGCCGACGAGGCACAGCUGCUCUACGCCAUAGAGAACAAGUACAUGCCUGGUCUCCUCAGGACUGGAUACUACGACCUGCUCAUAGACAUCCACCUCAGUACCUAUGCAACGGCGCGUCUCAUGAUGAACAAUGAAUACAUCGUCCCCAUGACGGACGAGACCAAGUCCAUCACUCUGUUCCCCGACGAGACCAAGAAGCACGGCCUGCCAGGGAUCGGCCUGAGCACCUCUCUCCGCCCCCGAAUGCACUUCUCCUCCCCCUCCUUCAUCUGCAGCGGAGCCGACUGCUUCCAGUUCAGCCCCGAGUUCCCCCUGGACGUCCUGAAGACCAAGACCAUAGAGAUGCUGACGGAGGCGGUGAGCGAGGGGAGUCUACACGUCAGAGAUCCUAUAGGGGGCAGCACCGAGUUCCUGUUCGUUCCUCUCAUUAAGUUGUUCUAUACCUUACUGAUCAUGGGAGUGUUCCAUAACGGAGACCUGAAGAACAUUCUACAACUGAUAGAACCCAGCGUGUUCUCAGAGGGAGGGGACACGCCCCCGGACACGCCCCCGGACACGCCCGAGAGUGAUGUCACAAAGGGAGGAAGAGGAGGGGAGGGGCCUGGAGGAGAGGAGAGGACAGGGAAGGUGCCUAAAGGACUGCUCCAGAUGAAACUCCCAGAGCCUGUCAAACUGCAGAUGUGCCACCUGCUCCAGUACCUGUGUGACUGUCAGGUGCGCCACCGUAUCGAGGCGGUGGUGGGCUUCAGCGAUGACUUCGUGGCUCAUCUCCAGGACAACCAGCGGUUCCGCUAUAACGAGGUCAUGCAGGCGCUCAACAUGUCGGCUGCCCUGACUGCCAGGAAGACCAAAGAGUUCAGAUCUCCUCCUCAGGAACAGAUCAACAUGCUGCUGAGCUUUAAGGACGAGAAGGUGGACUGUCCCUGUCCAGAACACAUCAGAGAACAGCUUGUAGACUUCCAUGAGGACCUGAUGACACACUGUGGCAUAGAGAUCGACGAGGACAAGCUGAACGAGGCAGACAGUGACUUCACCAUCCGAGGAAGACUCAUGUCUCUGGUGGAGAAGGUGGUCUACCUGAAGAAAAAGAUGACUUUCAUGCCGAAGAACAAGAAGAAAGAUAAGAAACCCAGCACGUUGCAGCAGCUGAUCAGUGAGACCAUGGUACGCUGGGCCCAGGAGAGCAUCAUGGAGGACCCAGAGCUGAUCAGAGCCAUGUUUGUCUUACUCCACCGUCAGUACGACGGCAUCGGGGGCCAGGUCCGGGCCCUGCCCAAGGCCUACACCAUCAACUCAGUCUCCGUGGAGGACACCAUCAAACUGCUGGCGUCGCUGGGACAGAUCAGAUCGCUGUUGUCUGUACGCAUGGGGCGUGAGGAAGAGAAACUGAUGAUCAGAGGGCUGGGAGACAUCAUGAACAACAAGGUGUUCUACCAGCAUCCUAACCUGAUGAGAGCUCUGGGAAUGCAUGAGACUGUCAUGGAGGUGAUGGUUAACGUCCUGAGUGGAGGGGAAUCCAAGGAAAUCACCUUCCCUAAGAUGGUGGCCAACUGCUGUCGUUUCCUGUGUUACUUCUGUCGCAUCAGUAGACAGAACCAGAAAGCCAUGUUCGACCACCUCAGCUACCUGCUGGAGAACAGCAGCGUCGGGCUUGCGUCUCCCUCCAUGCGAGGCUCUACUCCACUAGAUGUGGCCGCUGCCUCUGUGAUGGACAACAACGAACUGGCUCUGGCCCUGAGGGAACCAGACCUGGAGAAAGUGGUGCAGUACUUGGCUGGUUGUGGUCUCCAGAGCUGCUCCAUGCUCGUGUCUAAAGGAUACCCUGACAUCGGCUGGAACCCCGUGGAAGGAGAGAGAUACCUCGACUUCCUCCGCUUUGCAGUGUUCUGCAACGGUGAGAGUGUGGAGGAGAACGCUAACGUGGUGGUGAGGCUGCUGAUUCGUCGUCCCGAGUGCUUUGGCCCCGCCCUGCGCGGAGAGGGGGGGAAUGGUCUCCUGGCAGCCAUGAUGGAAGCCAUCGAUAUAUCAGAGGACCCCUGUAGAGACGGACCCUCCCCUACCUCAGAGGCCAGCAGGACACUCAGUGAGGUGUUAUUGGAGGAUGAGGAAGACGACACUAUUCACAUGGGAAACGCUAUAAUGACCUUCUACGCAGCCCUCAUAGACCUGCUGGGGCGCUGCGCCCCUGAGAUGCACCUGAUUCAUGCUGGGAAGGGUGAGGCCAUCAGGAUACGAGCCAUCCUACGUUCCCUGAUCCCUAUAGAGGACCUGGAAGGAGUGAUCAGCAUCCCGUUCCCCAUGCCAACUCUGGCCAAAGAUGGGUCGGUGGUAGAGCCUGAUAUGUCAGCGGGGUUCUGUCCGGACCACAAGGCAGCCAUGGUGCUGUUCCUGGACCGGGUCUAUGGGAUUGAGGACCAGAACUUCCUGCUUCAUCUGCUGGAGGUGGGCUUCCUGCCUGACCUCAGGGCUGCUGCCUCACUCGACACAGCUGCUCUGAGCUCUACAGACAUGGCCCUGGCCCUCAACAGGUACCUGUGUACAGCGGUUCUUCCCCUGCUCACUAAGUGUGCCCCACUGUUCGCUGGGACGGAGCCCUACGCCUCGCUCAUAGACUCUCUACUUCACACCGUCUACCGUCUCUCUAAAGGAUGCUGCCUCACCAAGGCACAGAGAGACGCUAUCGAGGAGUGUCUGCUGGCCACCUGUGGUCAACUGAGGCCGUCCAUGAUGCAACACCUGCUGAGACGCUUGGUGUUCGAUGUUCCUCUCCUCAACGAACACACCAAGAUGCCUCUCAAGCUGUUGACCAAUCACUACGAGCGUUGUUGGAAGUACUACUGUCUGACGGGCGGCUGGGGGAGCUUUGGGGCGUCGUCGGACGAAGAGCUGCAUCUCUCCAGGAAGCUGUUCUGGGGCAUCUUCGAUGCUCUGUCUCGCAAGAGGUAUGACCAGGAGCUGUUUAAGCUGGCUCUCCCGUGUCUGAGUGCUGUGGCUGGGGCACUACCACCUGACUACAUGGAGAGUAACUAUGUGGCCGUGAUGGAGAAACAGUCCUCUAUGGACCCCGAGGGAAACUUCAACCCACAGCCAGCAGACACCACCAAUGUGAACGUCCCGGAGAAGCUGGAUCACUUUGUCAGUAAAUAUGCUGAGCAUUCACAUGACAAGUGGUCCAUGGACAAGUUUUCCAACGGCUGGGUUCACGGGGACAAGGUGUGUGAGGCCUCUAAAGUCCACCCUCUCCUCAAGCCCUAUAAAGGGUUGUCAGAGAAGGAUAAAGAGUUGUACCGCUGGCCUAUCAAGGAGUCUCUGAAGACGAUGGUGAUGUGGUGCUGGAGUAUAGAGAGGACCAGGGAGGGAGACCCAGCCAGCCUACACAACAGAGCACGUAGGAUCUCUCAGAUCAGCCAGCAACACUCUGUCGAAGGAGCUCCAGGUUUCAGCCCCAGACCCAUCGACAUGAGCAAUGUGACACUGUCCCGGGACCUGCACUCCAUGGCAGAACUGCUUGCAGAGAACUAUCAUAAUAUUUGGGCGAAGAAGAAGAAACUUGAACUAGAAGCCAAAGGAGGAGGGAACCAUCCCUUACUGGUGCCCUAUGACACGCUCACCGCCAGAGAGAAAUACAAAGACAGAGGAAAAGCCCAAGACAUUCUCAAGUUCUUUCAGAUAAAUGGCUACACUGUGUCCAGGGCCAUGAAAGAGCAGGAGUUGGAUACUCCCUCCAUAGAGAAGCGUUUUGCCUACACCUUCCUGCAGCAGCUCAUCACUUACGUAGACGAGGCCCACGAACACAUGCUGGAGUCUGAUGUUGGGACACCACCGGAAGGAGAGAGCGUUCCUCACGAGCAGCAGAUGAAGUUUUUGGAAAGUGCAAAAAUGGUGGUCCUGCCAUUGGUCGACCAGUACUUCAAGAAUCACCGCCUCUACUUCCUGUCCACGGCCAUCCGACCAAUCAGCAGCGGGGGCCACGCCUCUAAUAAGGAGAAGGAGAUGGUGACAAGUCUGUUCUGCAAACUGGGACUUCUUGUCAGACACAGGAUAUCAUUGUUUGGAAGCCAUGCUACCUCCAUAGUCAACUGUCUUCACAUACUGGGCCAGACACUGGACGCCAGGACGGUGAUGAAGACGGGUCUGGAGACGGUGAAGGCGGCGUUGAGGGCGUUCUUCGACAACGCAGCAGAGGACUUAGAGAAGACUUUAGAGAACCUGAAACAGGGCCAGUUCACUCACAGUCACUCCCAGCCCAAAGGAGUCACCCAGAUCAUUAACUACACCAGCGUAGCCCUGCUCCCUGUCCUCUCCUCCCUGUUCGAACACAUCGGGCAGAACCUCUUUGGGGAAGACCUCAUAUUGGAUGAUGUCCAGGUGGCCUGUUAUAGGAUCCUCAACAGCCUGUAUAGUCUUGGUACCAACAACAGCAUCUACGUAGAAAGGCAGCGCCCAGCCCUAGGUGAAUGUCUUGCAGCGUUCUCGGGGGCGUUCCCUGUGGCCUUCCUGGAACCAGAGCUCAACCAGUUCAACAACUACUCCAUCUACAUUACUAAGGGCUCCCGGGACAGAACAGCUCUAGAUCUGCCCUUCCAGGUAGGGGAGAUGUGUCCAGUCAUCCCGUCCCUGGAGAAGUCUCUGGAGGAGAUCAUGGAUCUGGCUGAGUCCGGCCUGCACUACACGCAGAUGCCUCACGUUAUGGAGGUGGUGCUGCCCAUGCUAUGCAGCUACAUGUCACACUGGUGGGAGCACGGCCCAGAGAACAACCCUCCAGAGACUGCAAACAGCUGCUGUACUCACCUCACCUCAGACCACAUGAAUAGUCUACUGGGCAACAUCCUGAAGAUUAUCUAUAAUAACCUGGGGAUCGACGAGGGGGCCUGGAUGAAACGGCUCGCAGUGUUCUCUCAGCCAAUCAUUGGUAAGGCAAAGGGGGGGCUGUUGAAGACCCACUUUCUGCCGCUGAUGGAGAAGUUGAGGAAGAAGGCUGCCACCGUACUGCAGGAUGAGGAACAGAUGAAGGCCGAGGGACGAGGGGAGAUGUCUGAGGCUGAACUACUCAUCCUGGAUGAGUUUACCAUCCUGAUCAGAGACCUCUAUGCCUUUUAUCCGCUACUCAUCCGCUUUGUAGACUACAACAGGGCCAAAUGGCUGAAAGAAUCGAACCCUGAGGCUGAGGAGCUCUUCCGCAUGGUAGCAGAGGUCUUCAUAUUCUGGUCCAAGUCUCAUAAUUUUAAACGGGAGGAGCAGAACUUUGUGGUUCAGAAUGAGAUCAACAAUAUGUCCUUCCUCAUCACAGACACCAAGUCAAAGAUGUCCAAGGGAGCCGUGUCCGACCAGGAGAGGAAGAAGAUGAAGAGGAAGGGUGAUCGCUACUCCAUGCAGACCAGCCUCAUCGUAGCAGCGUUGAAGAGACUACUUCCUGUAGGACUGAAUAUCUGCGCUCCAGGAGACCAGGAACUGAUCGCUCUGGCCAAGAUCCGCUUCAGUCAGAAAGACACAGAGGACGAGGUGCGGGAGAUCAUCAGAAACAACCUGCACCUGCAGGGAAAGCUGGAGGAUCCUGCUAUCCGCUGGCAGAUGGCUCUGUAUAAGGAUCUUCCUAACAGGAGCGAGGACACGUCAGACCCGGAGAAGACUGUAGAGAGAGUCCUGGACAUCGCUCACGUCCUCUUCUAUCUAGACCAGGUGGAACAUCCACAAAGGAGCAAGAAGGCUGUGUGGCACAAGCUGCUCUCUAAACAGAGGAAGAGGGCUGUAGUGGCCUGUUUCAGAAUGGCUCCCCUGUAUAACCUACCCAGGCACCGGGCGGUCAACCUGUUUCUACAGGGAUAUGAGAAGUCCUGGAUUGAGACUGAGGAGCACUACUUUGAGGAUAAGCUCAUAGAGGACCUGGCUAGACCUGGAGGAGAGGAGCCUCCUGAAGAAGAUGAGGGAGCCAAGAGGAUCGACCCUCUUCAUCAGCUCAUACAGUUAUUCAGUAGGACGGCCCUGACUGAGAAGUGUAAGCUGGAAGAGGACAUUCUCUACAUGGCCUAUGCUGACAUUAUGGCUAAGAGCUGUCAUGAUGAAGAGGAUGAGGAUGGAGAGGAGGUGAAGAGUUUUGAAGAAAAAGAGAUGGAGAAACAGAAGCUGCUAUAUCAGCAGGCCAGGUUACACGACCGAGGUGCUGCAGAGAUGGUGCUGCAGACCAUCAGCGCCAGCAAAGGUGAGAUGGGUCCCAUGGUGGCCUCUACUCUGAAGCUGGGGAUAGCUGUCCUCAAUGGAGGCAACUCGACUGUUCAGCAGAAAAUGCUGGACUACCUGAAAGACAAGAAGGACGUGGGCUUCUUCCAGAGUCUGGCUGGUCUGAUGCAGUCGUGCAGUGUUCUGGACCUGAAUGCGUUUGAGCGCCAGAAUAAAGCAGAGGGACUGGGCAUGGUGACAGAGGAGGGAUCAGUCAUCACUCAUGAGCGUGGAGAGAAGGUGAUGCAGGACGAUGAGUUCACCUGUGAUCUGUUCCGCUUCCUGCAGCUGCUUUGUGAAGGUCACAACUCAGACUUUCAGAACUACCUGCGAACACAGACGGGGAACAACACUACGGUCAACAUCAUCAUCUCUACCGUGGACUACCUUCUGAGAGUUCAGGAAUCAAUCAGUGAUUUCUACUGGUACUAUUCGGGAAAGGACGUCAUUGAUGAACAAGGACAGCGCAAUUUCUCCAAGGCAAUUAACGUCGCGAAACAGGUCUUCAAUACUCUCACAGAGUACAUACAGGGACCGUGUACUGGGAACCAGCAGAGUCUAGCUCACAGCCGCCUGUGGGACGCUGUCGUUGGCUUCCUCCAUGUCUUCGCUCACAUGCAGAUGAAGCUGUCACAGGACUCGAGCCAGAUAGAGUUGUUGAAAGAGUUGAUGGAUCUGCAGAAAGACAUGGUUGUGAUGCUGCUGUCCAUGCUGGAAGGCAACGUGGUCAACGGAACCAUCGGGAAGCAGAUGGUGGACAUGCUAGUAGAGUCCUCCAACAAUGUGGAGAUGAUCCUCAAGUUCUUCGACAUGUUCCUUAAACUCAAAGACCUGACGUCGUCCGACGCCUUCAAGGAGUACGACCCGGAUGGUAAAGGGGUCAUCUCCAAGAGAGACUUCCACAAAGCCAUGGAGAGCCACAAGCACUAUACCCAGUCUGAGACGGAGUUCCUGCUCUCCUGUGCUGAGCCUGACGAGAAUGAGCUGUUGGACUACGAGGAGUUUGUGGAGCGUUUCCACGAGCCGGCCAAAGACAUCGGCUUCAACGUGGCCGUGCUUCUGACCAACCUGUCUGAACACAUGCCCCACGACACGCGCCUGCAGACCUUCCUGGAGCUGGCUGAGAGUGUGCUGAAUUACUUCCAGCCGUACCUGGGCCGUAUCGAGAUCAUGGGCAGUGCCAAGCGCAUCGAGAGGGUCUACUUCGAGAUCAGCGAGUCCAGUCGUACGCAGUGGGAGAAGCCCCAGGUCAAAGAGUCCAAACGACAGUUCAUCUUCGACGUGGUCAACGAGGGUGGGGAAAAGGAGAAGAUGGAGCUGUUCGUUAACUUCUGCGAGGACACCAUCUUUGAGAUGCAGCUGGCCGCCCAGAUGUCCGACAUCGGAGAGCGGUCGGCCAUGAAGGAGGAGAGCGAGAAGGAGAAGCCGGAAGAGGAGAGCCCUGAGAUGGGCUUCUUCUCUGUGACCACGGUCCGGACCGCCCUGAUGGCGCUACGCUACAACGUCAUGUUCCUGAUGAAUGUUCUGUCCAUGAAGAGCCUGAAGAAGCAGAUGAAGAGGAUGAAGAAGAUGACAGUGAAGGACAUGGUGAUGACGCUGGUCUCUUUCUAUUGGUCCGUCAUCAUGGGCCUGUUCCACUUUACCUUCAGCGUCUCCAGAGGGUUCUGCAGAAUCAUGUACAACACCUUCCUAGGAGGCAGUCUGGUGGAGGGAGCCAAGACUAUGAAGGUGUCUGAGCUGUUGGCCAACAUGCCUGACCCGACCCAGGACGAGGUUCGAGAGGAGGGGGAGAAGGUGCUCUUAGCUAGACCCUCGGCUGAGGAGGAGCUGGCUGAUCUAGCCCUGCCCGUGGAUGGGACUGAAGUCCUCUCAGACAUCUUUGGAUUAGAUCUGAGGAGAGGAGAAGGAGGACAGUAUAAGAUAACUGCUCAUAACCCCAACGCCAGUCUGACUGAUCUGCUUAACUCUCCAGUCCCCUCCUCUCCUCACCUCGCCACCUCACCAUCCCCGGAACUGAGAAGACGGCACCAAGCUAAGAGCCCAUCAGAGGACGGGAGGACAGGGACCGAGGGAAGCAAGGAGGCCAAGUCAGAGCCGGAGAAAGCACAGGGAGUGGAUGGAGAGAAGCAGGAGGAGGAGGAGGAGGAGAGGAGGAGGGAGGAGGAGAGGAGGAGGAAGGAGGAGAAGAAAGGGAAGGAGGAGAAGCCGAAAGCUAAAGUGAGACAGCACCACACCUCUAAGUCUGAUGAGCAUGACAUGCAGGAGUCUGCCUUCUGGAAGAAAAUCAUCGCCUAUCAGAGGAAGCUGCUGAACUAUUUUGCUCGGAACUUCUACAACAUGAGAAUGCUGGCGUUGUUUGUGGCCUUCGCCAUCAACUUCAUCCUCCUCUUCUACAAGGUGUCCUCCUCCUCGGCGGUGAUGCCUGAGAGCAGAAGGCCCCGGGCAGGCAGCAGUGUGCGUUGGGACCCCGUGACGGAGGGUAGUGACCCCCAGGAGCCUCAAAACCCCCAGCAGGGCCCUGUGUCUGUCCACUUUGUGCUGGAGGAGAGCACCGGAUACAUGGAGCCCACGUUGCGUAUCCUGGCCAUCCUACACACUGUCAUCUCCUUCUGCUGCAUCAUAGGUUACUACUGUCUCAAGGUCCCGUUGGUGAUCUUCAAGCGUGAGAAGGAGGUGGCGAGGAGGCUGGAGUUUGAUGGUCUCUACAUCACAGAGCAGCCGUCGGAGGAUGACAUUAAAGGCCAGUGGGACAGACUAGUGAUUAACACUGGAUCGUUUCCUAACAACUACUGGGAUAAGUUUGUGAAGAGGAAGGUGAUGGAUAAGUAUGGAGAGUUCUACGGCCAUGACCGCAUCAGUGAGCUGUUGGGUAUGGACAAGGCUGCUCUGGACUUCAGUGACGCCCACGAGAAGAAGAAACCCAAGAAAGACAGCUCGUUAGCCGCAGUAUUAAACUCUGUUGAUGUCAAGUACCAGAUCUGGAAACUAGGAGUCGUCUUCACAGACAAUUCGUUCCUGUACCUGGCUUGGUAUAUGACCAUGUCCAUCCUGGGUCACUACAACAACUUCUUCUUCGCUGCUCAUCUCCUGGACAUCGCCAUGGGCUUCAAGACCCUCCGCACCAUUCUGUCUUCUGUCACGCACAACGGCAAACAGCUGGUUCUGACAGUAGGACUACUGGCUGUGGUGGUGUAUCUCUACACCGUGGUGGCGUUCAACUUCUUCAGGAAGUUCUACAAUCGAGGAGAAGAGGGAGAGACGCCAGACAUGAAGUGUGAUGACAUGCUCACAUGUUACAUGUUCCACAUGUACGUGGGCGUACGGGCAGGAGGGGGCAUCGGUGACCAGAUCGAGGAUCCAGCGGGUGAUGAGUAUGAGAUCUACAGGAUCAUCUUCGACAUCACCUUCUUCUUCUUCGUCAUCGUCAUCCUCCUGGCCAUCAUCCAGGGUCUGAUAAUUGAUGCCUUUGGAGAACUGAGAGAUCAGCAGGAGCAGGUGAAGGAGGAUAUGGAGACCAAAUGCUUCAUCUGCGGAAUAGGAAACGACUACUUUGACACAGUACCUCAUGGCUUCGAAACCCACACCCUGCAGGAGCACAACUUGGCCAACUAUCUCUUCUUUGUGAUGUAUCUCAUUAACAAAGAUGAAACAGAGCACACAGGCCAGGAGUCGUAUGUGUGGAAGAUGUACCAGGAGCGGUGUUGGGAAUUCUUCCCUGCCGGAGACUGUUUCCGCAAACAAUACGAAGACCAGCUCAACUGAUUCAUGAAUCAACUGAUCAAUUCAACUGACUACUGAUCAGCUGAUCUAUUGAUCCAGAUGCAGAGACUCGUCCUUUCUUACUGAUCAAUGUGAAAGGGGCUGUUUAGUCACCUUCCUUCGUCAGCUAGCCCCCCCCCCCCACCCCCCCCACGCGCUGUUUGGAAAGCUUUCCAGACACUGUACAUAAUAAUAUAAUGACGAUGAUUACUCAACUGUAUAAUGUCCUUCCUGGGUGCGUUUGGAACACAGGGCUGUGUUUUGACUUUGAGGACUUAAUGCUUCAUACAUUUGCUUUUAAUAAUUCCACAUUGAUGACAAGCGAACUAAAUGAUUGGAGGGGAGAUGGGGGGGGGGGGGACGCUGAAGAAAAGGAGGGGAAAAAGACUAAAACCAAACUGCUUUGUGGGACGUGCUUCUCCAGAGAACACCUGAAUGAAUAAAUGCUGUUUUGUUGCUCAUCCUCUACGCCUCAGGAAUGACAGGGUGGACAGUACUGUACAGUACAUACAGGAGGCCCAGCGGAUGGAGAGGGUGGACAGUACUGUACAGUACAUACAGGAGGCCCAGCGGAUGGAGAGGGUGGACAGUACUGUACAGUACAUACAGGAGGCCCAGCGGAUGGAGAGGGUGGACCGAGGCGGGACAUGAUGAGGAAACAGUGCCUUACCAAGCCGGGUCUGAGCAGAGCUAUGCAAGAUGGAGGGAAGAGGAAGGCAUCAGCAACACGUCAGCAACACGUCAGAAACACGUCAGCAACACGUCAGCAACACGUCAGCAACACGUCAGCAACACGUCAGCACAUCAUGUGGAGACUGAUACACACACGGGGGCUGAUGUUUCUGACAUAACGAUGGGAGGCUGUGUGUGUGUGUGUGUGUGAGUGGUGUGUCUCGGAGACAGCGUGGACGGAGUUUGUGUUGGAGAUAAGACAAGGAGGAAGGAUGAUAGAGAGUGAAGGAGGGAGAGAGGGUAGGAGGGGGAGAGAGAAAGAGAGAGUGAAAGAGGGAGGGAGAGAAAGAG